AUGUCUAGAAAAAGAAUAGAAGCUCCUCCUUUAACAGAUAGAUCAUAGUAUCGAAGAAUAAGUUAAAAAAGUGUAGAUGAAUUAAAUCAAGUAAGAUAUUAUAAAUAUAUUAUAGACUCUACAUGCUAGAAUUAAUAGUAUGGUUGGACUUGAUGAAUAAUUGAGUAACAAAAUUAGAUAGCUUCAAUCAGCCUCUCUCACAACAAAAGAUAUAUCAUCAAUUAGUUUGUCAUUACAAGACAUGGUUAGUACUUUGUAAAAGGUUUCAUAUAAUGAGAUAAUGUACAAUUAAUUAGUUAGAGAAAAUGAGAAGUUAAAAAAUGAUCAAUCUUAUUUGAAAGCUUAAUUGUUUAAAUUUAAUUCACUUAUAUAAAAAAUGUAAAAAGAAAAUACAGUACUAUUGGAGAAGAUUAAAUAGCAAGAGAUUGAUAUUAAUAAUUUGAAUAAAAAGCUUUUAGCUGAAUAAAAAUUAAAUGAAGAAACUUGUAAGAUGUAUAUUGAAAUUAUAUAGCAAAGAAAUUAAAGAGAUCAGAAUAAAGGGUUUAAAUUAUUUUAGAGUCAAAUAUAACUUUACAAAAAGAUUAAUUGAAAAAUAAUUUAAUUGAAGCAUUAUCUGAAAAUGAACAUAUAAAAAAAGAUGCAAUUUAAAAAUAGAAAGAUUAUUAAAAGUAAUAAAAAUAACAUAAUAGUAAAGACUUUAGAUGACAAAUAAUGCAUUAAAUUAAAAAUUAUAAAGAUUAAAUAAUAGAUUUUAUAUAAGUGGAAAAACAUAGAAUGAAGAAGAAUUUAUAGAUUAAGAGAAAAUGGUUAUAACAUUCACAGAAAUUCCAAAAAAUUUUUUAUUUCGUCAUGUAUUUUAAAAUUAGGAAUGUAAAUGUAAUUUAUAUAAAUAAUUAUAAAUAGAAUUUAUAUAAUCAGCAUUGGAAUUUUCAACUGAAGAUUUUAUUCAACAUAUUAAUUCAUUAAAUUAAGAAAGUAAAAAAAUGUAAUUAACAUGGUUAUUUAAUCAUAUGGUAAAUUAUAGAGAAUUCAGUUUAACAUAAAAUAAUUUUAUUGUAAAAUUAGGUUAAUUAAUAUAAUUAACUAAUUUUAAUGAAAUGUAUAAUUUUAUAACAACACUUUCCAGUUUUUUUAAAGUUUCUCAUAUGUAUCUAUGGCUAAGAGAUUUUUAGACUGGAUUUUUCAUUAAUGAAAGUGAUGGAAAAUAAAGAAAAAUUAUGUGUACUAAAGGAGCAUUUAGAGAUAGUCUUGAAUCAAGAGAAGCAGUCAAUAAAUUAACAGCACAUAAACAUAUGAUGUAUUAAACUGAUAAAGGAGAAGAUUUAUUCUAAGAUAAUACUUACAUCUUUCCUGUUAUUACUGAUUAAGCAUUACCUGCUGGUGUAAUAGAAUUUUCUCAUCCUACUCAUAGUAAUAAUUAUAGUGAUAUUUAAUAUUUUGCAUCCAUCUUAGGUUUAUUUGUUAAAUUGACAAUCUAAAAAAUAGAUGAAGAUAUUCAUUAAAAAUUCUUAUUAAAAUAAAUAGAUAUGUUAUAGAGUGAAUUUUUAAAAUUAAUGAAGGCAAAUGAUAAAUUUCAUUUUUGUGAAUAAGUAAAAGUUAUGCAAAAUAAAAUCUUAUAAUUAUCAACAAGUGAAAUAGUCUUUGUUGAAGAUAAUUGUUUAUGGAAAUACUACAAUUAAAAUAUUAAAAAAUUAGAUAACAUAGCUAGAAUAUGUGGAUAAGUGGCUAUCAAUUAAUAACCAGCAUAUUAUGCAAAUAUCUCUAAGGAACUUAAUUACAAUGAAAUAAUUGAUAUGUAUUCAAUAGCACCUAUUUUCAUUUAUCCUAUAGUUCACAAAAGCAAAACUUAUGCAAUUAUUUAGUUAUCAUUAACAAAUAAAUAAAUUGAUAAAUAUAGAUUCAAAGAUCCUUUAGUAAGUUUAACUUAGAUAUCUAAUUAAGCAAGAUUAUUUUGUGAUUAUGUUACAACUGCUUAUAUAAACAGAUUUUUAUGA